AGGACAUGCUCUCUUUCUUUCUUUAGAAUCCUUUUACGAGGGCGUCUUCGUCGAGCAUAGAAUAAUAUAUUAUCGGGGCAUUCAAGUCAAUAAUGUACAUUUGCACCUAUGGAAAAAAAAAUACUAAUAAAUUGAUCAGAAUAGAAUUAAAGGUACAUUCAUUCUCUCGCUCAUCAUAGAAGAUCAAGUGCUGCAGAGGAGAGAAUAUGGGGAGGACGCCAUGCUGUGAGGAGAUGGGGCUGAAGAAGGGGCCUUGGACUCCCGAAGAAGACUUCAUCCUCACUUCUUAUAUUCAACAGCACGGCCAUUCCAACUGGAGAGCUCUCCCUAAACUUGCAGGUCUUCUGAGGUGCGGGAAGAGCUGCAGGCUCCGAUGGCUCAAUUACUUGCGACCGGAUGUUAAGCGCGGGAACUUCACCGAGGAUGAAGAAGACAUCAUUAUCAAGCUCCAUGGACUUCUCGGGAACAGAUGGUCUGCGAUAGCUGCAAAACUACCGGGACGAACAGACAAUGAAAUAAAAAAUUUCUGGCACACCCACCUGAAGAAACGAACCGAACAGCAUUCGCUCGCUACUGCUCAGAGGAAGAAUAUCUGCCAAAACAGUCGGGGAUCCAACCAUGAGAUCAAUUCUGUAAAAGUACCGUUUACAUUAAGCCGAAACAACCUGUUUGAUGAGCAGCUACUCCAGAGAUCAGUCCCACGCCAAUCACAAAGCCUUCUUCCCAAUCAACGUCAGCCACAUGACUCGACGUCGGGCGAAACCAUGAACCAGAGCAGGCCCAAUGGUGUCAACAACGACGACAUGGACUUCUGGUAUAGCCUCUUCCUAAAAGCAGGAGACCAAUUGGAAUGUAUCAUCGAAACAAGCCGAGCAUCCCAUUGACGUGAUCAAAUAAUCAAUUGCCCCUUCACUUCAAGUUCCAGACAUCAUGCAAAGCGGCCUCCAUAUUUUCUUUCUUAUGUGAGGCAUUUCAAUCUCUAAGCAGAGAGUGUAAGUCAGAGGAAAAAGCUCGGCUUCGAACAAACGCAACAUCGUUCCAAAAUAGCGCUGUAUUCAAAUAAGACAUGUAUCAUAAAGGUGCAAAUCCAUAAAAAGGGAAGUUGUAUUGUAGCUUUACUUCAUU